AUGGCGACGCCGUAUCAAAUCCGCGUUUCCCCGCGCGACACGGGCUUGCUCGCCGUCGAGCAGGACGAGGCCGCCGCCGCAAAGGUCUCGGAGCUGCUGCAGAAGGAUCUCGAGAGCCAUCACGUCUUCUUCAACGACGAGGGCUUCCAUAACCACAUCUCCCACCACCUCCUCACCCUCUACGGCACCGGCGCCAGCCCCGCCGCCCUGCAGGAAGCCUACGACGCCAACACGGCGUACCAGCUCAAGGCCCACGAGCCCACGCGCGGCCUCGCCGUCGUCGACGAGCUCGAGGCCGACUGGCCCGCCCACGCGCCGCGCUACCUCGGCCAGGACCAGCAUUACGCCGACUUCCUGCGCUACUUCCAGCGCCGCAUGGAGCGCUCCGAAGGCCGCGGCGGCUGGGAGGCCGUCGUCAAGGACCAUCUGCUGGCCGACACCCCCGCGGCGCUCGACAUGCGCGGCCGCCUCUAUGCCGGCUUCCUGCACCCGCUGAUCCAGCUCAUGUACGGCAUCGAGUGGCACCAGCCGGCCAUGGUGGCAGAGGGCCUCGCGCAGGCGGCCGUGCACGAGGCGCGCAUCGGCGACUUCAUGGCCAAGGUGGACGACGCCGCCGCCGCGUCUCCGCCCCCUGCUCAGCAGCGCCCGCUCGCCGAGAUGCUGGAGAAGAUGCGCUCCGAGCACCCCAAGCUGGCCGCCAGCGCCCGCUGGGAGGACCCCAACCGCAUCUACGACGGCGUGCUGGCCCGCGCCGAGCCCGAGGCCGUCGCCCUGCUCGCCGGCAUCCGCGUCCGGCCUGACGACGACCUGGCCGAGCGCACCGCCGAGAUGGUGCACUGCGCCGCCUACGUUGCGGCGGCCGCGGCGUGCAAUCCGCCCUACGAGCCCAAGUUUGACUUCUUCCUCAUCCACCACCUCACCUCAGCCCCCUUCUUCCUCACCCUCAACAAGCUCGACUGGGUCCCCACCGCCUCCAAGGCCCGCCUGCUCGAGUGGAAGCUGCGCAUGGACGUUCUCCAGUACCUCGCCCGCGGCUGCCCGCCCCUGCGCCGGGAAGCCCUGCAGACCCCCGGCCCGGACAGCCACGACAAGGCCGGCGGCAGCCAUCUCGUCCCGCGCUUCCACCGCGUCGUCGACGACGGCCACACCAUCAAGGUCGUCCGCGCCCUGCUGCUCGCCCAGCGCGAGUCGCAGGCCUGGCCGGGGCGUCCGUGGAUCCGCAUCGCCGACGACGACGCCUGGCGUCGCGUCAUGCACUUGCUCUUGGCCAGCGUCGAGGGGAAGCCUGCGCAGCUUUGGGUCAGGUCUGCUGGCUUUGAUGAGGCGUGGAAGGAUAUUCCCAAGGCGUCUCUCUAG